AGACACGGGCGGAAUCUGCCUCUGAGAAAAGAGUGUCAUGAAAUAGGAAAGAAAAGAGAUGUCAUUGUUGGUGAAAGGGAGCCCUUCUUUCCCAUUCGUUGGUUCCGUCAUGAUGAGAAGAGGAGAAAUACCUAGAUGGCUGAAGAGAUUUGCCUUUGACAAUUGUACAGAUGAAGCUGAUGAAAGAAUACAUGAAAUUGCUUUCUCUGGGUCCUAAUAGACUGCCGAGUAAGUAAGCCUGGAAAAAGGACAUUUUGAAAUGGGAGUUGGAGUUUUUUGGUAAAUCAUGUAGGACUUUGAAUACGUGUUGAGGAUGUUUUUCUCCCAAAAAUGGAAGAAGAAAAAGUUCUCAAAGCCGAAAAUGCCAAAAAAUUGCAAGGAACAGCUAUUGCGUCUGCUCCAAGAAUUUUAGCACUUCACCAACAUGGAUUAGGGAAACAAAUACAAGUAUAUCUUACCUGUGGGAAGGGUUGCAUCACAAGAGAUGCUUUCUUGUGCUAGAAAUGACUCUUAACUUAGUUUGAGAGUGCUUUUUUCCUUCUUUUAUUUUUUAACCCUGUGUUUUGGCUUUUUAUGUUAGACUAGAGAUUUAUGUAAACGAAGUAAUGGCUGAAUUCAUAGGAUGUUUGCUUAUUGCACUAGUCUUCUGUGUGUUACAGUGAAAAAAUGGAGAUUUCAACAUUCUUUGAAGUUUUAUUGAAAGCAACACUGUGUCAAGGACACAAAUAUUCUGUAUAAAUUUUCUCUUUUUUGGCAACUGUGCGUUUAAUGAGCUGUAUGUCAGGUUGACUUCACGGCGUAGAUGAUUUACAAUUUUUGGUUUUUUUAAGGCCUUAAGUGCAUGCUUUGUAUUAACCAGAUGGAAAACACGCUAAGCACUGUGUUUGACAUGUAUGCCUAAGGAAAAGAACUCCCUGAUGGAUCAUGGCGUUAAUGUUUACAGGACAUUUCUUAUUUUUAGCAUUAGUGAUGUUUGGUUUCUCUACUUUUGAGGAAUCUGUGAGCAAUUACUCUGAAUGGGCAGUUUUUACAGAUGAAAUAGAACAGUUUAAGACACAAAAAGUGCAAGAUUUCAGACCCAUCCAAAAGCCGAAAAAAAGUAUGCUUCAUCCAAGUUUAUAUUUUGAUGCUGGAGAAAUUCAAGCACUGCGACAGAAGUCUCACACAAGCCAUUUGCAUCUUUUUAGAGCUAUCAGAAGUGCAGUGACAGUUAUGCUGUCUAAUCCAACAUACUACCUACCUCCACCCAAGCAUGCUGAUUUUGCUGCCAAGUGGAAUGAAAUUUAUGGCAACAAUCUGCCUCCUUUAGCAUUGUACUGUUUAUUAUGCCCAGAAGACAAAGUUGCCUUUGAAUUUGUCUUGGAAUAUAUGGACAGGAUGGUUGGCUACAAGAACUGGCUGGUUGAAAAUGCACCAGGGGAUGAGGUUCCAAUUGGUCAUUCCUUAACCGGUUUUGCCACUGCCUUUGACUUUUUAUAUAACUUACUAGAUAAUCAUCGAAGACAAAAAUAUCUGGAAAAAAUAUGGGUUAUUACUGAGGAAAUGUAUGAGUAUUCUAAGGUCCGUUCUUGGGGCAAACAACUUCUCCAUAACCACCAAGCUACUAAUAUGAUAGCAUUACUCACUGGGGCCUUGGUGACUGGGACAGAUAAAGGAUACCAGGCAAAUAUGUGGAAACAGAUUGUAGUAGAGGUAAUGGAAAAGACAAUGUUUCUGUUGAAUCAUGUUGUUGAUGGUUCUUUGGACGAAGGUGUGGCCUAUGGAAGCUACACGUCUAAAUCAGUCACACAAUAUGUUUUUCUGGCCCAGCGCCAUUUUAACAUCAACAACCUAGGUAACAACUGGUUAAAAAUGCACUUUUGGUUCUAUUAUGCCACGCUUUUACCAGGCUUCCAAAGAACUGUAGGAAUAGCAGAUUCCAAUUAUAAUUGGUUUUAUGGUCCAGAAAGCCAGUUAGUUUUCUUGGAUAAAUUCAUCUUAAAGAAUGGGGCUGGAAACUGGUUGGCCCAGCAAAUUCGAAAGCACCGACCUAAAGAUGGACCGAUGGUUCCUUCCACUGCCCAAAGAUGGAGUACUCUUCAUACUGAAUACAUUUGGUAUGAUCCCCAGCUAACCCCACAGCCUCCUGCUGAAUAUGGUACUGCAAAAAUGCACACAUUCCCCAACUGGGGUGUUGUUACUUAUGGGGCUGGGUUGCCAAAUACACAGACCAAUACCUUUGUGUCUUUUAAAUCUGGAAAGCUGGGAGGGCGAGCUGUGUAUGACAUAGUUCACUAUCAACCGUACUCCUGGAUUGAUGGCUGGAGAAGCUUUAACCCAGGACACGAACAUCCAGAUCAGAACUCAUUUACUUUUGCCCCAAAUGGGCAAGUCUUUGUUUCUGAAGCUCUCUAUGGACCCAAGUUGAGUCAUCUCAACAAUGUGUUAGUGUUUGCUCCAUCACCCUCAAGCCAGUGUAACAAACCUUGGGAAGGCCAGCUAGGCGAGUGUGCACAGUGGCUUCGGUGGACUGGUGAAGAGGUUGGUGACACAGCUGGGGAAAUCAUCACAGCCUCUCAGCACGGGGAAAUGAUGUUUGUGAGUGGAGAAGCGGUGUCAGCUUACUCUUCAGCAAUGAAACUGAAAAGUGUCUAUCGUGCUUUGCUUCUCUUAAAUUCUCAAACUUUGCUGGUUGUUGAUCACAUUGAGAAGCACGAGAAUUCCCCGAUAAAUUCUGUCAGUGCCUUCUUUCAUAACCUGGAUAUUGAUUUUAAAUAUAUAUCAUAUAGGUUUAUGAACAGGUAUAAUGGCGCUAUGAUGGAUGUGUGGGAUGCACACUACAAAAUGUUUUGGUUUGAUCACCGUGGCAAUAGUCCCAUAGCUAGUAUCCAGGAAGCAGAACAAGCUGCUGAAUUUAAGAAACGGUGGACUCAGUUUGUUAACGUUACAUUUCCAAUGGAAUCCACAAUCAUGAGGAUUGCAUAUAUUUUUUAUGGGCCAUAUGUCAAUGUUUCCAGCUGCAAGUUUAUGGACAAUUCCAAAUCUGGACUUCAGAUUUCUCUCAAUGUCAAUCAUACUGAACAUGUUGUUUCCAUUGUCACUGACUACCAUAAUUUGAAGACGAGGUUCAAUUACCUGGGAUUUGGUGGCUAUGCUACUGUGACUGAUCAGGUCCAAAUCACUCGAUUUGGAUUGGGCACACAAGCAAUAUUAAUGCCCAUAAGACAUGAUAGAGUUAUUUUCCCCUUUGGAUUUAAAUUUAAUAUAGCAUUUGGAUUCAUUUUGUGCAUUAGUCUUGUGAUUUUAGCUUUUCAGUGGCAGUUUUACAUUUCUUUUAGAAAGCUGAUGCGGUGGAUACUAAUACUUGUUAUUGCCUUGUGGUUUAUUGAACUGCUGGAUGUGUGGAGUACUUGCACUCAGCCCAUCUGUGCAAAGUGGACAAGGACAGAAGCUAAAGCAAGCAAGAAAGCCGUGUCAUCUGAAGAGCACCAUGCCAGCCUUCCCAAUGUUGUCAUUACCUCACUUCCUGGUUCAGGAGCUGAAAUUCUCAAACAACUUUUUUUCAACAGUAGUGAUUUUCUGUACAUCAGAGUUCCUACAACCUACAUUGACAUUCCCAAAACUGAGUUUGAAAUCGGCUCUUUUGUAGAUGCCUGUGAAUGGAAGGUGUCCGAUAUCCACAGUGAUCGUUUUCGUUUGCUUCGAGGCUGGUUGCAAUCCUUAGCCCAAGACACAAAACUACAUUUGCAAAACAUCCAUCUGCAUGAACCCAGUAGGGGUAAACUGGCCCAAUAUUUCACAACAAAUAAAGAUAAAAAAAGAAAAUUGAAAAGGAGAGAGUCUUUGCAGGAUCAAAGAAGUAAAAUGAAAGGCACCUUUGAUAGAGAUGCUGAAUAUGUUAGGGCUUUGAGGAGACACUUGGUCUAUUACCCAAGUGCACGGCCUGUCCUCAGUUUAAGCAGUGGGAGUUGGACGUUAAAGCUUCCUUUUUUUCAAGAAGUUUUGGGAGCUUCACUGAAGGCAUUGUAUGUCAUAAGGGACCCGCGGGCUUGGGUUUAUUCAGUACUGUACAGUAGCAAACCAAGCCUUUACUCUUUGAAAAAUGUGCCAGAGCACUUAGCUAAACUGUUUGAAAUAGAAGGUGAUAAAGGCAAAUGUAACUUAGAUUUUGGAUAUGCUUUUGAAUAUGAAUCACUGAGGAAAGAAUUCUCAAAACCCCAGGCAAAUGCUGUCUCUCUCUUGUCUCAUCUCUGGCUAGCAAACACAGCAGCGGCCCUGAGAAUAAAUACAGAUUUGCUGCCUACCAGCUACCAGCUGGUCAAGUUUGAAGAUAUUGUGCAUUUUCCUCAGAAAACCACUGAAAGGAUUUUUGCCUUUCUUGGAAUUCCUUUGUCUCUUGCUACUUUAAACCAAAUAUUGUUUGCCACUUCCACGAACCUUUUUUACCUCUCCUAUGAAGGGGAAAUAUCACCAACUAAUAUUAACGUUUGGAAACAAAACUUGCCGACAGAGGAAAUUAAACUGAUUGAAAACAUCUGCUGGACAUUGAUGGAUCGUCUAGGAUAUCCAAAGUUUAUGGACUAAAUGCUGCAGGUCAGCGGAAAUUUGCACUAAUGCUUUCUCACCCAGUUUCUGGAUAUAAAUUAGAAGAGUUUGUUUAUUCUUGUACUCUGUAUGUGUGUGUGUGUGUGUGUUUGUAUGUGUUUUCAGUCUUUUACUUGCACAGAGAGAUUAUUUUAAAAAUGGACACCAUAUUUGGCCUAGCAUGAUUGAUUUUUAUCUUACUACUUUCUUUGCUCUUGUUUUGAAAGGUUUUGUUUUUUCCUGCUACAGAGAUGUAGAUGAAGUUUUGUCAUUUGGGUCAGGGGAGAGGGAAAGAUUUUAGAGUUUUUGUCUAACUCUCCAUCUGUAACUGUGCUGUCUUGGGACCUCAAACACUGCUAAAAGCCUUGCAGUUGCUGCUUUACCCAAGAGUCUUUUGCUUUCAAGGUGGACUCUAAAGAACCCUGUAUUUUUUUUAAAAGAUCUCUUAACACAUUUAUCUUGCACACACAUGCAAGAAAAACAAUUAUUUUACUCUUUAUAAUAAUUGGUACUGUUAUCACUGCAGACAUCUCAAAAGCUCCUCCUCAUAGUUAAUAGGAUUCCUUCUUUGAAACACAUCUGGAAAUAUGGAACAGAUAGACUAUCAAGGUCAGAGAUAGUGACCUUAAAACCUCGUUAUUGUUGUUGUUUUUUUAAUAAGAAAUGUGUCUUGGAACAGUUUGGGUACCAAGGGCUGGUAGGUUAUUGUAGAUGUGCUGUAUGUUUAAAAGUCUCCUCUCUGCCUUCCUGAAGCCACAGCUGUUCAUCAUCAGACCACUCACUCCCUGUCCUUUCUGUCUCUAUCAAGCAAAACACUAAGUAGUUACUUAUUGCCACACUCCUAGUACUUGUGGGGGAUUUUACCCCCCUGGUGAUUAAUUUUUCAUUAAAGCCUGACACAGAUUUAGAAUCAAUUUUCUUUUUGUGGAAUGAUCGCUAUGACUCAAAGCAGUGCCACUGCUGCCAGUUUUUUAGAAGACAGAAGACAGAAUUGGACAACUGCCUGGCUAUCUCCCAUCCUUUUGAAUGAGUUUACAGACAGACUGCCAGUGUCUGGAAAAGUUGUAGGCAAAUGGGAGAUGAUGUCAGAGGCAUCUGUUUCCUUUGCCAUCUGCAUCUUAUUAUAAAUGGAGCUGUCAUAAAAUAUUGUUUGUUUUAUUUUGGUAGGCUAGGAAAUAAAAAUGCUAUACCAUUAUACGCCAGUAGAGUUAAUUACCAUCCAUCGGAUGAAUGAAAACUAUUAGUGUCAAAACUUGAUGAAAAUCUCUGUACAUAUUGUCUUUUUCCUGAUGCUUCAAAAUGUAGUUCCCACAAGCUCUCUUAACACUUGGGAAUCUGCCAUUCUGACCUAGAUAAAAGUGAUCCUUGCUCAGUAUGUUAUUAUGUCAAGAUGUGCCUCCAGAGUGAUGAAGCGGUGAAUGUUACAUUCCAGUGAAACCUAACGUGAUUGUCAUUUUUCAUCCACUAUACUGCGACUUUGGACUGUCCCUGCCCCUAAUAUUUCCUCCACUUCCAUAACUUUGCUUUCCAUCUUAUGUCACAAAGAAUAAAAAUCAUAUUGUAUGGGUUGAGAGGGCACUGAAGACCUGGAUGUAUGCUGUUAUUCUGAAGGAAGAUUGUUCUAGCUGAAUCAAGGUUAUCAAUAAGCAUGCAAAGUUGCUCCAUGGAUGAUAGCACUAUUUCAACUAUGGGUCAGAGUCUCAUUAUUUGCUUUCAGGGCCCAGAAUGUGUCUUGAGCCAUAUCAAACAAAAAAUCAAAACUGGGUGGGCAGUAAAAAGAGGCUUGAUCAAGGUAUGAAUCACAGUUGUGUGCAUAUGAUUAGAAAAAAUCUCCCACUGACUUUAACAGUGUGCAGAAAUUUGCCUGCAAGUUCUGGGUGGAUAUGUGGAGGAAUUAAGAAAGAUGUGGGGAGAAAGGAAACAUUCUAAGAAUGACUAUGGGAAUGAGUAAAAUAUGAUACUGAUAGCAAAAAAGGCAAUUGUACAAUUGGCGUGAUUGAAAUAUGGAAUGCUAUAUAUAUAUUAAGUCCCAACUGAUAAUAAUAAAGAAGUAUAAAUUUUUUUUUUAAAAAAGACACAAGAGGAAAUACCUGCCAAGGUAAACCCAGCUACAUUAGUAAACUGUUGAAGGUGAUUUGAAGUUUAAAAAAAAGAGAAAGUGGUUUCACAGUACAUCUUUUCACUCUCACCUGGCCGAGUUGAACAGCUCUGUUUCUACUUGCCAUGCAACUCCAAGGGACAAUUUCAGAAAUCUCCCUUCCUCCUUGGUUGAUAUUGAAAUAGUAAGCUUGCCAUGGAAGAGGACUGUGCUACUUGAUUCUCCAUGAGGAAUGUUAGUUUGUGAGUGAACAAUGACACAUUCAUUAGCUGUGCAUAUAUGCAUGCCUGGGACCCCACCCCCUUGAUUUAUAAGCUGCAUAAUUUAUAAUUUAGUGUUAUUUUAGUACCUUCCUAUGUUUUCAGGAUGGUCUCCUAGGAGAAAUUCAAAUGCAGAUUUCAUGAAUUUUUUUUCUGAAAAUGGUUCAAAGUGGGAUUAUCAUUGCUAUCUGACACGUAAAAGUAAUGCUUAUAAAAUGACCUGUCUGUACAAUCUCUCUUCACUAGCAAUCCAAGUCUUAGGUCACAUUGAGUUUAAAAGCUUUUGUUAAAGCAAUAGCAUCUAAAUCUUGAGUUGUGAAAGCAUAUGUCAAUUUACUUACUAAAACAAUACAAAUAAAUGUGACUAUGAUGA